AUGGCACCCAAGGCUCAAAAGUUAAUUACAAUAUCAGAAGGUAUCACAAUCACUGGAAGUGUUGGAGUUAAUAGUAUCCGACUUUUAAGUAAUAAAAGAAAUAUAUCAAUGUUCAGUUGUGCCAUCACCCAACACACACUUCGAAGAAGAAAAGAACAUUCUGACUUUUACAUUCCACUAAAAAUUGAAUAUUAUAUUGAAUUGCAGUUUGAUAUAACUGUUUCUAUCAAAAUACAGGAUUAUAGUUGUCCAUUUUGUAUUUUUCAAAAAAAAAAUAGAUUAACUCUAACAUUUUUAUUUGUAUAA